UCCUCUGCUCCACUACUGUCUAUUGAGUUAGUUGUAGUUAGGAGUAGCAUUACACCAUCUGUACACACACACACACACAUUAAAAGAACACACAUAAAGUGUAAUGUUGGUGCUUCAUCGCUGGGGAAAGUCUGAUUCAGCAGAAGAGUGAAGAAGCGCUCAUUUACCAUGAGCUGUUUGGAUGUUAUGUACCCAGCCUAUGGACAUUACUCGUCUUACUCUGCCAGCGCUCCUGCUUUCAUCAACAGUCUACAGGCUCCCACCAGUGUAACCAGCACCUCACCUCUGUGUCGGGACUUUAUGGACACUCCUAGGGGUCCAGAAGGGAUGUCCGGGGGCCAGGGCACCGUUGGCGGAUCCACAACCUCAUCCUCUUCGUCGGCUUCCUCCUCCUCUUCCUCCUCGUCUUCAUCCUCCUACACAUCGGCAGCUCCACGGCCAGACGAGGGUGGUCCCAAGGACAAGCAGGAGGGCCCCGAGGCCGAGUACCUGACAUCCCGCUGCGUCCUCUUCACCUACUACCAGGGGGACAUCAGCACUGUGGUAGACGAGCACUUCUCUAGGGCACUCAGCUCCUACAUGGAUGGGGAAAGCAAGCGGCGGGCUUCGGAGCAGCAAACUGCAGGUACCACAGAAGCCCCCUCACCAAGUAGCCGACGAAGCUUCCCUCCAUCCUUCUGGGACAGUAACUACGCCUCGCCUCAAAGCCGUUCCCACUGCGAAACAGGAGCAGCUUCGUAUACCAUGGAUCCUUACGCGUCAGGACUUCACCCAGGACUGCCGCACCCGCACGCCCACCCUCACUCACACGCUCACCCUCACGCCCAUCCUCCUCACCCAGCAGAGAGUUGGGGAUACCCCCAGGCCCAGGCUUACGGGCCCCCGAGGCCUCUCCAUGAACUUUACUCCCCUUCAGCUUUGGAGCCACACUACGGGCCCCUGCUCAUGCCCACCGUGCGGGCGCCUCACCUGCCGACCUUGCCCAGCCACUAUGAAGUAAGCAAGCUGGAGCCCACGGCUUCCUGGCCAGGUCUGCUCCCACCAGGGGACGUCGGACAGACGCUGGCCCUCAACAUGGAUGCAGGCCUCCAGCAGCACAAGAAAGGCAAAGAGCUGUACUGGUUCUAACAAGGCCCUCAGUCACAUUGACCAGCCAUUUACCACAGCCAAUUAGUCCUUGGACCCGCUCCGCUAUUGAAGACGCGUGUCCCCUUUAUCCCAAUCCCCCUCCCCAGCACCAGCAGCAGCAGCAUACAUCUGCAUCCAUACACCCCCCCUCCUCUUGGCUUCACACUUGACAGGAUACAGCUCCAGGUGGAUGUGAGUGCACCAUGGAGAUAACACAUAAUCUGGACCGGCUAGCCAUGCCCCUCUCCCCGGGCAGACCCAUGUUGGACCUGGAAAGACUUUUGCUGAUGAAGGGAUGGACCUAGGGGGAGUCACUCCAAUGUGCCUGGUUAUCUGCAUUUCAUGUCUUUUGUUUGCUAUACUGUGGCUGUCAUCAUCCACCAAUACGUAUGGACUUUGUGACUAUAUUAAUUUGCUCUCUGGAAUAAAGUGUUUCUAUUUAUUGGUGUUCCUUCUUUUGAAUGGUUUGGUUUAUAGGCCAGUGCUUCUGCAAUGAUUGUGGAUGCUUUUAUUGUAUUUUUCCAAAAAGAAAAAAGAAAAAAGAAAGACGAGCCUAAUUGGAAAAAUAAUAAUUUUUAAUUGUAUUUUUUUGCUCAUUCUUGUCAGUUGUGUUCUUUGCAUUUUUGGCUUAUAGUUAUCCAUCUUUAAAGCUAUUUUGUAUCACGACUUACUUUUUGUGUGUGCCAUUUUUGUUUCUUGAUUUAUUUUGUU